UAAUGACGUUGAAACUAAUCGUUUUCCUUAAUGAAUAGGCACCAGCCGUGUCGCCAACCUCCCCCCACACUGACACCACCAUGGAGGAUGACCUCUUGUCCGCAAGGAGGCUUUCGGUCGUGCCAAAGGUCCAGCCGUACAGCGUGGAGUAUCUGAAGCUUAUGGACGAAGCCCCCCUCCUGAACAUAACUGGAACCGCGCUGACUGGCCACCCGGCAACGGUCAGCAAUGCGAAGAAGGAGGAACCGUUCACGACGCCCACCAACAGCGAGCUGGCCUGCCUCCCCAUCUACUUCAUCCGCUCCAUAAGGCUUCACCUGGCCACGCAAAGCCGCUUGGUGAACACAAGUCUCCUGAGUGAAGUUCUAGUCCAGGAGAGCCUGAUUGACCACUUUUCAGCUCUCCGUGCUCUCCUGCUGCUGCAUGAUGCCCAUUUUGCCCGAGCUCUUACCGUAAACCUAUUCACUAAGUUUGACACAACAAGGGAUCCAGCGACACUUCUUAUUCCUGCGGAGUUAAACAGCAUCCUGCAGAAGUCUGUGGCUGACUCUUGCUGGAGUAGCAGUCCCCUAAUAGACAACCUUUCCUUUGCAAUAACCAACAUUCCAUCAGUGUUUACGCAUCAGACUAGCAUUUUGGACUGUCUGGAGCUGCGCUAUCACGUCAGAUGGCCGCACACGCUCAUUCUCGACAAUGCAGUAUUAGCCUCUUACUCUCGCCUGUGGACCUUCCUGGCAUCCUUGCACCACAGCAUCUGGGCAGCGGAUGACCUUUUCAGGCACACCAUGAGUCUCAGUCGGCAAGAUGCAGAAGGCAGAUUCAAAAAGUGCAGGCAGUUCCAUCAAGUUUGUCUGUUUUCACAUCAGAUGCAUCACUUCCUUCUGGUUGUGCAAGCCUAUGUUAUAAGUCAGGUUCACCAGAUCAGCUGGAGUGGCUUCGAGAAGAAGUUGCGUGAAAAAGUCACCUCUCUGGACGACCUGUACGAACUCCACUGCUCACACGUCAACUCCAUUACGUCAAGGUGCUUCCUCAAUCCAAAUGGUGCUGUUGUGCUCAAACUUGUCCGAGACGUGUUUGCCCUGAUGCUGCGCUUCCGAGGCCAGCUGCUGUCUCACCAGUGGCACACCGAUAGCGCGUCCGGGAUCACUGAACAUCCGGGCUUUGCUGCUCUUCAGUCUACCUUCAAGGAAUUCCAGAAACAUGCAACAUUCCUCCAUAAACUGUUAGUCAGAGUAGCAGAGCACAGCAAAAUGGACUACAUCAAGGACUUGGUUAAUCGGCUGGACUUCAACGAUUACUAUUCCACCGUCGCCAGGGUCUCCGUUCCCUCUCUUCUCAAGUGAUAAAUGCAGCUAAUCCUCUCGACAUGCCGAUAUAGAAUCCAAAUCACAUUUACAGCUCCACUUAAGUGAAUUGUUUACAUUAGCCAAAGCCUACAUUCUUUUCAUCAGUAAGGGACUUUGAAUUUUUAGAAACAUUUCUUGAAGAUCCGCCAUCCCUUUUAAUUUUUUUCCUUUACUUAAAUUUUUAUUUAUUUAAUUUCUUUAUCAUACAUCCAUGUAGUAAUUACCUUCAGCUGAAAAUAUUUGUGUCCUAAAUCUCAAAUUUAUCAUAAUAGCUUUGCACACUAAUAGGCCUAAUCUAGCUAAAUAGCAGUAUUACAUAAGAGAAAUAUUCAAGAAAUAUUCAUGUUACCCAUAUAUACUAAAUGAAGUAAAUUAGAUUCAAGCCCUUCAUGUCAGACCUUUACUUGUGUCAGUAUUUAUUUGCAAUAGUAAUUUGAAAAUAAUUUACUUGGAAAACAAGAUCUUGGACUCUUACAUUCAGAUUUUAUUUUUUUUAAUUAUAUUUUUUCUCUUGGAAGAUGUUUUGUGAUAUCUAUUAAA